AUGAAAUGCAGUGGAAAAGUCGGGUACUUCUUUAACCUCAAAAAGGAGUACGGAGAGAAGAGAGCGACUACCUUGUUGAGGACACUGGAGGAGGAGAAAACUGUGCAAGGAGCAUUCAUAACAGAUUUUGUAAAAGUAGAUUAUCUCAAUUUGACAAAAAUUCUUUUAUUUCUGGUUAGGACAAAUAAGGUGGAAACAAGUUUCGAUGGUUUGUAUGUAGAUGGGGAGUAUGCGCAUUUGCUGACCCAUCGAGGGGUAGUGGUCCCCCAGGGGGCGGAAGCGGAGAGGAAAGAAGAGAAAUGCUCCACAGGAGUUAAUACCGAACAGUUGGAUAGUGAACAGUUGAAUAGUGAACAGUUGUGUAGUGAACAGUUGAAUAGUGAACAGUUGAAUAGUGAACAGUUGAAUAGUGAACAGUUGUGUGCUGAACAGUUGAAUAGUGAACAGUUGAAUAGUGAACAGUUGUGUGCUGAACAGUUGAAUAGUGAACAGUUGUGUGCUGAACAGUUGAAUAGUGAACAGUUGAAGCGCGUCGAAACGCGAAAGGAAAAGCACCAAUCGGGAGAGCGGCCAACGGUUGAAGGAAACCCAAGUGGAGCGACCACGCUGAUUAACCACUCAGGCGGAAGUUACGAAAAAAUAAUCAUCCAAAACUCAGAACUGCUAAACGCAGGUGAUAUAAUGAAGCAUGAUGGGGAGGUGGAAAACAUGGACAAAACUACCUACUAUUUAAACCCAUGUUCUGUCCUAUCAGCAUAUUUUUUGGAUGUACAGAAGAACGAAAAUGUGCUAGACAUGUGUGCAUCCCCAGGGGGAAAAUCCCUAGUUAUCGCAAACCAGUUAUUUGGGUAUGAUUCCUCUCCAUUGAAGAGAAUUAAAAACAUGGAAUACCUAAAGGAUGGGAGUAUACAAAUUACAUGCUCCUUAGAUAUGGUGAAUUAUUAUACCACGAACAGACAAGGGUUCUUUGUCGCCAACGAAUUUAACCGUGUCAGGUACGACAGAUUGAAACAAGUACUAAGUAAGCAUCUACCAAAGGAUCUGCUGACCUCAAAUAAUUUUCACGUAACAAAUUACAAUGGGCUAAAUGUGAACUCGUUUUUAAGGUUCCAAAGAUUCCACAAAAUAUUGUUAGAUGUACCCUGCUCCACAGACGAGCAUUUAAUAAAAAAAAAAAAAAACGAUUUGCUUAACAAGUGGACAGAUAAAGUUAUAAAAAAUAACGCAAGUGUACAAUUUGAGUUGUUAAAUAACUCCUUCCAACUUUUGCAUACAAAUGGCACUCUAGUUUAUUCGACAUGUGCCCUUUCUCAUCAAGAGAAUGAUCAUGUGAUUGAGAAGCUUUUAAAAAAAUACAAAAAGCAAGUUCAAAUUGUUGAUUUUGUGAAGGAAGAGUAUCAGAAGCGCUUCAGUAGGGAUGAUUGCGAUCGUUUAUUUUCCGCAUUAUUUGCAGGACAACCUGUUGAAGAGGAUCCCACCCAUGACGUGACACUCAGUCGGGGACAACAGAACUCUGAUCGGUGUACAAAUGAGAAUGUAGAGGGGGGUAUCCAGCAUAGGGUUAUACCCACUGGUGGAGAUACCCCCUCUUCCCGUGACAAGCCUAACACCUAUUUCCUAUCCUUCUUCGAGAAGACCAAAUAUGGCUACAUUUCCCUACCAGAUAGAUCACCCUUUGGAAUUUUAUACAUUUGUAAGAUUCGAAAAAUUUGA